GCUUGUUAGUGCUCACGCCCGUACCUGUACCUGUAACACCUGUCACACACAUUUGUCAGCAGGUGCACGGCGUAGGACACUACUACCACCCCACUUGGAGCCUUUCAGGAUAGUAAAGCAACACCAGGCGGCGCGAUAAGAACCAGUGGAAAAGAAGCAGGCGGCGCAGAAACUCGGCAAGAAACAUGGCGAACGUGGCCGACGACAAAGCAUCUGUGUUGCGUACCACCAAAGUCAGGACCAAGCUGAAGGGCGAUGGCAGCUGGUUGAACCGCAACAGUGACACGGAAGAGACAACUGAAGAGAAGCCAUGGUUGGCAGAAAUAAGGGCCAGACGUGAAAAUGGAGAAUCAAGUCCGGUGUCUUCGCCCACUUCUUCUCCGCUGCCCAAGCCUGACAGUGAUAAACUACCCACUUCAGGAUUUAAGAUUAGGGGUGUUUUCAACCAAGUAGACAAGUCUUCUACAUCUUCAACGUCCAAUGGCAUCAGCAGUGACACAUCACACAUCACCAAAAUAUCCUCGGACAGCUACAAGAAGAUUGCGCCUCACACGGUGAAGCCCCCUGCCGAGAAUGCGAACAGCACGAUUAGCAGUGAGGAGCAGGAUAAACGCACGACGGCAGCCAGCAAAGCCCUGCCCAAAACUGCAGCCAGGGAGCGGUCUUACGUGCUCUCUGCUGCAAAGAAAUUCGAGUCUCAAGAACAAGCAGCUGACAAGUCCGUGGACGACGACACUACAUCAUUUGUGGCUAAAAGAGUGAAAGUUACAGAAGAGGCUUCUUCAAAUCCACCGCCUCGCCGUUCUGCGCUCCUCUCCCCCGUUGCUCCGGUGCCGGAACCUAAACCACUAAACAGAGUCGGCGAUGGUGUCAAGAAAACCGUUGGUCAUGUCACUUUUAGUGAGACUACGAAGGUAGAGGAGGUGCCCCCUGACAGAGAACAUACCUUUCCUCCGCCUCCUCCUCCAGUGUUAGCCCCGACGAAGGACCUGAUGAAAGACAUGACACCAGAUCUGGAUGAUUCGGGAGAUGAUGACACGUAUUCGGUGUCAGUGCAUGAACAAGUAAAAAAAUUUACAUCAAAAUCACAACCUGAACGUGAACCAGAGCCGGAACCUUUUCAGAAUUCAAGCUCCAGAGUUGAAGCGCUCGCCGCCAUGUACGAAAAUCUCAUUCCAUCUGAAACAGAAACGAGCAGCUUGAAGGGUGGCGAGUGGGUGCUGGCAGGAAAAGAGAAGGACCAAGAGGAUGAUGACUCAGAAGAAGGAGAUGGACAGGAACCAACUGCAGGACUCAGCAACCAUAAAGCAACAACAGAGAAUCUCCGGGAUCUCUUUUCUGGCAAGGAGAAGGACGCCCUUAGCUCCCAUGUGACCACCACAGUGACUGAGUACAGCAAAAAGAAGGAUCCCCUGAGCUCCCAUGUGACCAGCACAGUAACUGAGUACAGUCGAGAAGAUUCUGCCCUGCCUGCUCCCCCCAGUCCUAAACGUUGGAGUAAAGAAGUGACAUUCGAAAGCAAAGAGAAGGACCCCCUGAGCUCCAAUGUGACCACCACAGUAACUGAGUACAGCCGAGAAGAUCGUACACUGCCUGUUCCCCCCAGCCCGGGACGUUUGAGUCAGGAUCUGCUCACUGAAAUAGAAAGUCGAGAAGAUCGUACACUGCCUGUUCCACCCAGUCCUAAACAAUGGCAGCAGGAUCUAAUCACUGAAAUAGAAAGUCGAGAAGAUCCUGCACUGCCUGUUCCCCCCAGUCCUAAACAAUGGCAGCAGGAUUUGCUCACUGAACUAGAAAGUCGAGAAGAUCGUGCACUGCCUGUUCCCCCCAGUCCUAAACGUUGGAGUCAGGAUCUACUCACUGAAAUAGAAAGUCGAGAAGAUCCUGCACUGCCUGUUCCCCCCAGUCCUAAAAAAUGGCAGCAGGAUUUGCUCACUGAAAUAGAAAGUCGAAAAGAUCCUGCACUGCCUGUUCCCCCCAGUCCUAAACGUUGGAGUCAGGAUCUGCUCACUGAAAUAGAAAGUCGAGAAGAUCCUGCACUGCCUGUUCCCCCCAGUCCGGGACGUUUGAGUCAGGGUUUGCUCACUGAACUAGAAAGUCGAGAAGAUCGUGCACUGCCUGUUCCACCCAGUCCGGGACGUUUGAGUCAGGAUCUGCUCACUGAAAUAGAAAGUCGAGAAGAUCCUGCACUGCCUGUUCCCCCCAGUCCGGGACGUUUGAGUCAGGAUCUACUCACUGAAAUAGAAAGCCGAGAAGAUCGUACACUGCCUGUUCCCCCCAGUCCGGGACGUUUGAGUCAGGAUUGGCUCACUGAAAUAGAAAGCCGAGAAGAUCGUACACUGCCUGUUCCCCCCAGUCCGGGACGUUUGAGUCAGGAUUGGCUCACUGAAAUAGAAAGUCGAGAAGAUCCUGCACUGCCUGUUCCCCCCAGUCCGGGACGUUUGAGUCAGGAUCUGCUCACUGAACUAGAAAGUAGAGAAGAUCCCGCACUGCCUGUUCCCCCCAGUCCGGGACGUUUGAGUCAGGAUCUGCUCACUGAACUAGAAAGUCGAGAAGAUCCUGCACUCCCUGUUCCCCCCAGUCCUAAACGUUUGAGUCAGGAUUGGCUCACUGAAAUAGAAAGCAAGGAGAAGGACCCCAUGAGCUCCCAUGUGACCACCACAGUAACUGAGUACAGUCGAGAAGAACCUGCACUGCCUGUUCCCCCCAGUCCGGGACGUUUAAGGCAGGAUCUGCUCACUGAACUAGAAAGCAAAGAGAAGGACCCCCUGAGCUCCCAUGUGACCACCACAGUAACUGAGUACAGCAAGGAGAAGGAUCCCCUGAGCUCCUAUGGAACCACCACAGUAACUGAGUACAGUCGAGAAGAACCUGCACUGCCUUCUCCCCGCAGUCCUAAACGUUGGAGUAAGGAUCGGCUCACUGAACUAGAAAGCCCCACAAAGACUCACUCCGAUUUUACUGUAACCACUGAAACUGUAACCACCAGUAUUGACAGUGAGGAGAAGGACCCCUUGAGCUCCCGUUCGACCACCACAGUGACUAAGUUCAGCUCGGCUGAUGCAUAUGAUCCGUAUCCGAUAGGGACCACAUCCCGAAACAGCUCCUCUGACCUGCUGAAGCCCAUCUCAGAUCUUUCCAUCAACAGUUCGUCGACCUCUUUCACGGAGAAGAAAGAUCCAGAGAUCAUGAUGAGCGGUAAGGCCACGGUGUCUUUUGCUGAUGACAUCACCCCCUUUGACACCCAUGCCACAAGCCUCAGCACUCACCGGUCGUGGGCGCGCAAGUGGGAAACCACAACCCCUCUGCAGACCCACAUAGAGGAGAGCAGAGAGGAUCUAGCAGAGGCCGGAGAGGAGGACCAACAGACUUUGGUUACGUUUGAGAGGAAGUCCAAAGAAGAUGACUCUCCAUGGGACAAGUGGACGUCUCCAUCUGUGUAUACUCUCACAACCACCACAGAGGAGGAAGAGGAAGAGGAGAGGUAUCCAUCUUCUCAAAGCCUGGAGGACUCACAAGUGCACACAGUCACAACCAUCACCACCAUCAGGGACUCCUAUGGAAGACAGGAGGAGUACGGGAUGAAUCGGACCAGGCUACAAGAAGUCCCACGCACCCCCUCACCAGAUCCUGAAAGCAAGAAGCCCUUUGUGUACCUGAAGGAGUACAUCAAUACCACAGAGCUGUCCUCCCAUAACGCCUCAGACUCAAUGAAUAGCUGGUCGUCCUCUUACUCCAGCUCGCCCUCUACCCUCUGCACAUACUGUGGUCAGCUGGUCACCAAUGAUGCCAUGAUCACAAUCGAGCACCUUAAUUUAAACUGCCACCCGAGCUGCUUCAAGUGCUACUCCUGCCACAAGCCGAUGGGAGACCUGGUCUUCAACAUGUUCCUGCACGGAGGCAAAGUCCACUGUGAAAUCUGCUACUCCGCAGCUCUCGAUUGAUCGCAGCGGCCUUUACCAUUUGCAUUUGAAGUGCGAAGCGGUCUCCUUCCAGCACGAGUGUGGACCGCUUUGAACGUAAGAACCAUGGAGGUUUAGGGUGACCCAAGAGACUGUAACAGUGAGCAAUAAAAAAUAAUUGCGUUUUUUUUUAAAAUUCCUUUUAUGCAAGACAGGAUUUGUAUUUGUAAACAUGUUUGUGUUCCUCUUCCUGCUGGUGUAAGCGCUACCUGUCCGUGUCAUUUAAGAAUGCGUCUGCGGUGCACUUUGUGUACACAGUGAAGCCCGAAAGUAUUCAUACUCUGCAUUAUUUAAUUUUUUGAUGAUGACAUAUUUUCAGCUGAAUAUGACACAUGGAAAUGGCCCAAAACUGUAAAUUCCAUUUUAUUUAUGUCAAAUGUUCCAAAUGCAUACAGGAGGGAAGGGGUUUAUACGACCCCAUUCCUGGGUAGAUCUCGCGUGAGAGGAAGAGAGGGAGGUUAAUCAUUUUACAAUGCGGUCUACCUGAAAAGGAUGGAAAGUGCCUCUAUAUAUACACAGCAACUGGUGCUGAGGUCAAAGUUGGAAUUGCCACAAAACACAUUUUUAAGACGCCCAAAACACUUCUGUAAAGUGGAUGUUUUGUCACGUUUCAUGUGUCAGGUAAAUUGCCACGUAUGAAUCCCCUUCCUACUGUUGUUGAUUAGAAUGUUUUUUCAUCAGCCUCUAAGGCAAAGGUCCCCAAACUAUGGCCCGGUGGCCGGAUCUGGCCAAUUUUAUUAUUUUUUUUAAAUCUGUCCUUUCUAAUCCAUUUUCUACUGUUUGUUACUCUCGGAGUCUCCUAGCCGCUCAGGCUAAUAAUAUUGUCUAAAAAUGCGUUUUCCCAUCGAUAACGUGACUUCAUCGCGCU